CAUAGCCAAAUGAUGGAACAGCAAAGCGAUCCUCCCCAGCAACACACUUUAAGCGGUCUGCCGCCACUGCCAAAAAGCUUAAGUACUGCCGCAGCUGGCCCCCAAUCGUCGCCAGCAGCUGUUGCCAGUGUGGCGUCCUUAACGGCCGCCACUGGCGAACUGUAUUUAGGACCAUCCACAUCCACUGCGGCCGCGGCCAGGCAGCGCAAUCAUAAUGGUCACGGUCAUGGUCACAGUCAGCGACAUGGCAGCCUCUCAUCCACCCAAGAAUCGCUAAGCGACAGAGAAUCUGUACACAGUCGGGCCUCCUCCACCCACAGUGCGGGCAGUGCAGGAGCAGGCGGCAGUGGUUCUUCCACCAUAGACAGCCAGUUGGCGAUUCUAAGGCGGGAAAUGUAUGGCCUAAGGCAGUUGGACUUGUCGCUACUGUCCCAAUUGUGGGCCCUCAAUGAGUCAAUACAGGGGUUUCGGGUAUUCCUGCAAGAGCAAGAAGCCAUGUCGCCACCCUCACGAUCGAGAACUCCCUCCGAUGCCAAUUCAUUGUCAUCUGAUGAGGAUGAUGAUGGUAGCUCCUAUGCUCCAGUGCCAGUGGCGGCCAUAAAAGUCAAUGAGCAGCCGCCUCUAUUGACCAGAAGCAUGGCCAGUUCACCUGGAGCAACUGUGACAACAGGAGCAACUACUAAAUUGGCAACAGGCUCUAUUACUUCCCAUGCAUCUACCAGCUCCACUUCUGGUACCUCAGGUUCCUCGUCGGCAGCUUCAUCCAUGGGCAAGCAAUUGCAUCACCAUCAGCAUCAUCAUCAUCAACAGCAGCAGCAGCAACAAAGGCCUGCACCGCCACCAGCACCUCCAGCACAGCACAAGGCACAUCCUCAGCUGCCGCGCAUUUUGCAACAGAGAAUGAGGCAGGCCCCGCCCCCACCGCCACCAACACGAUCCAAAGGAACUGGAGGAGGAGCUAGUAGUAGCAGCAGCAACCACAGCAUCAGCAGCGUAAAUCAACACCAACAUCAUCCGCAUCAUUCGCGACCCGUAUGACAAAACCCGUUCUUGGACUAAGAAAUACUUUGGCCCAAGAACAAAUCAAACAUUUCCGGGAAAAAGAGUCAAUUAGACAUUUCUCCAAAAGUCAAUUUAUCGAAAACAGAAGACAGAAACUGAAUCCGAAACCCGAAAACCUAAAUUCACACACCAAUUGUCGUUCUAAAUUGCUUGCCAUGCUAAAAUAUCUCAUUCUUCAUAUUCAAUACCAACAAAAACUAUACUAUCGUGAUUGUUCUCAAUUCUGAUUCGGAAUCACCCCCAUAAAGAUUGAACAAAAUCCCAAUAUUUCGACAUACAAUUUUAUAUGGCUCGGCAUUGCGAAUCGGAAUUCAGAGGCACGUAUCAAAAAUUUAUCAGUAUGUAAGGAAAAACCGAAUUCAUUCGCGUUGAAUAAAACCACAAAACACAACAACAAAUUGUAUUCAAUAAUAAUCUCUAAGUAGUAAAGGAUAAGAUCCUGCUAUAUGGCAUAUUUAUAUAUUAUAUUAUAUUAUAUUAUAUAUACAUAUAUAUAUUAUUCGAUUUUGUAUAAAACACCCAACAGCUGCAAAUAAUACCAGAUAUUCCGCAUCGUAUUCAUACAACUAGUUACAUUUAUUUAUGUUCCCAAAAUUAUUUGUUAGAUCCUAUACACCUAAUAUUAAACACUAUCAAAAAACAAAACAAAAAAAAAAGUAAAACAAAAGAAAACUAUUAUGAAAAAAUGUUCCACUCACUUAGCACUAACCAAAACUAAACUCUUGGCCUAUAUAUAUCUUGCUAUCAAAAAAAAAAAACAAAAAAAAAGAAUAUUUAUACGAAUAUAUAUAUAAAUCAUUUCAAAAUCUGCUUAUAAAUGAAAUAAGAUGAAAAUAUUUUACAUGGAAAAGUGUGAGCCGUUCAUUUAAUAUUUCAAAAUGUUGACGUCAACACCUCGAAUAGAAUUACUACAUUUUUGUGGUUUCAAAUUUCUAGAUUCCAUUAAGUUUCCCUGCGAUCCGCACCAUACUCGAAAACAUAACAAUUGUUCAACUAAAUCAUAACUAAUCUAGAACUUUUGUUGGAAUAUAAAACAAUAAUAAUAAAAUGCAGACUCUGCGUUUAUUAGAGAUUCAAAGUACACCAAAAGAUCUGUUAGUUCAAUAAAUCAUUAUAUAGAUUGCAUGUAACGGCUGAAAAGAAUACACAUUAUAUAUACCCAACCAACACAUCACAUCAGAUACAUACAAUUUUUACCAUAUUCCAGAGUGAUGGCUAACAUACAAUAUUCCAAAUUUUUGCAUGGAGAAACUAAGAGAAAUAUCAUACCCGAAAACUAAGAAACUGCAGAUAUCACUACACAUAGAUACAUACGAGUAAACCUAAUCGAAAAUUUGCAAUUAAUGAAAUUAAUUCCUAAAAAUCUAAAUCGUUUUUGUGAGUUCUGUUGUAGUUUACGAAUUUUCACUAACAAUAAGAAAAUUCUCAAUCAAUUCUCGUCUACCCACACACCAGCUAAAGUUGACAUCAUAAAAGGAAACACCUUGAACUGAGAAACUCAAAUUAAUAAGUAAAGUAGUUUAACGAACUCCGUGUUCAGGCUUGAAAACCCCAAAAAUAAGUACAUACAUAUAUACACUUACACAAUUUUGAGAGCUAAAUGCUGUGUACAAAAAAGGAAAAUCGAAAAGCAUAUAACCAAAAUUUACAAUAACUCAAAUACUAAUAACAAAUGUGUGGGAAUGUUUUUUUCAUUCGGCAAGUGAAAAUUGGAAAUGACAAACACUGGAAAGAAAACUGCAGAAUUGGAAAUAUCGUUAAAUAAAAAACAACAAAAGUCUAUUGUAUUAUGAAAGAAACGAAACAAAUGAAUCGAUGCAAUAAAUAUCAAUUUAAAUAUCA